GUGUGUGUGUGUGUGUGUGUGUGUUCUCUCCUUCAUAAAGGUCUGCCAUGGAGCUGCUGCUCACUCGGUUGUAAACUGACUGGAGUUCAGCUGUCAGCACAUUUCUUCAAGCUCAUGAAUCCCUCACGAUGGCUCACACUCGUCGUCCUGAUGGCAUCUGGCAGUGGAUCCUCAGCGGAGUCUGGCUGUCGGAACUACAGUUUGGAUAAAUUUCGAGUUGUGGAAGGUGAAGCGUUUCACGUUGUCCCUUUGGAAAUGCCCGAAUCCAACAUCUCUGACGCAAACGUCACUUGGUACAAAAACGCCUCCCAGCCUCAGACUGUGUCGUCUGACGAGAGGGACAGGAUACACCACCAUGGCGGCGCACUCUUUCUCUUCAACCUGCGCCCUGAAGAUUCUGGACUUUACAUUGCUCGGGAAAGGAAACCGUCAGGACGCUGUUACAACCAUCCGGUGGGAAUUGAAGUCUUCAGUGCGAGCUAUCGAGCAAGCAAGGAACUGAGAUAUGUACCAGUCAAGAAUUCUAACCAGAACAAAGCUGUCCACUGUCCGGACCCCAUCGCUUACACCUGCCAGAGGUUCAGAGGAAGCUUCACCUGGUACAAGGACUACACUCUUCUUCAGGGUCAACAUGAAGAGAUGCUCGAGAUUAAUAACGCCAGCGAGGCCAGCGAGGGCCUGUACACCUGCGUCUGUUCCUGGAUUCACAACGGCAGAACCUUCAACUCUUCAGGCUCCAGAGAGCUGAUUCAUCAGGAUUCAUCUGUUUAUUACUACAAAAUUAUUUCUCCGACGGAAAAGGAGAUGUUUGCAGAUGAAGGUGAGGCGGUGGAGCUGAGAUGUUCGCUGCUCUGCGGGAUCAAUGUGCAGCGCUCAUGUCGCGUCAGCUGGUUCCUGAACGGAGAGCCCUUCACCGAGAAGGACGGAUACACUCAGACCGUCAGCAGGGAGGUGGAGCAGCCGUCCAGGAAGACGGUGGACACGGCCGUCCUCACCAUCAGGAGCGUCUCCGCCCACGACUUCCACACCCAGUUCAAUUGCUCCGGAACAGGACGGGCCACAGCCACCUUAAUGCUGAAACGCAGAGAGUCCUUCGUCCCGUCGGUCGUCGCCGGAGUGUGUGUCUUGCUCUUCUGUGUGUUUGCUGCAGUGCUGGUUAAAUACUUUGCCGUUGACAUCGCCCUCUUUUUCAGACCUUACAUCCCAUUUGACCGACACACAAACGACUCCCGACUUUACGAUGCCUACGUGGUCUACCAGAACCAGGGAACCGACCCGCUCACCGAGAACUCGCUCUCCCGGUUCGUCACCGAGGUCCUACCCUCGGUCCUCGAGAACAAGUGUGGAUAUCGACUCUUCAUCCACGGGAGGGACGACAUACCUGGGGAAGACCGUCUGGAGAAGGUUGAGGAUUGCAUGGCGCAGAGCAGGAGGCUCAUCGUCAUCCUCACUCCGGGUUCAGGAGCAGGGUCCGAACUCAAAGACCAAACUCCUGCUUGUCCCCAGAACUCAGUGAUCGGAGGGUUUGACUGGCAGGUGGGGCUCCACCACGCGCUGGUGCAGAGGGAGAUGAGUGUGAUCCUGAUCCAGCUGGGAGUCACUGGGCCUCAGGGAUACUCACACCUCCCGCUGGGCCUGCAGCACCUGAUUCGUCAGAGCGCCCCCAUCAGGUGGAAGGAGGGCUCGCGGGGGGCUUUGGACUGGAGCUCCCGCUUCUGGAAGAGAGUUCGAUACCUGAUGCCGGCCGAGCCGGCCCGGACACACACACGGGAAGCUUUUCCACUCUGAGGGGUGGAAACAGCUUCUCUCUGGACGGACACUCGCUCUCUGUUAUCCGCCAGAGGGGAAGAACUUCCUGAGGGAGUGUAAAUUUUUAUUUUAAUAAAACUCAUACAACAACUAAGUUAUUUUGCAUGAAAUGUUUGUCGGUUGAGG